UUCCUCAGCACCGAGUAUAAAUACACGGCCCAAAUACAACUGCAAGCAGAGAGCUGACAUUGUCACAUGCUUCAUAAAGGAAACAAAAUACCUCGCCAACCAUGGCCCGAUGGAUUAUAAACUCUCUGGCCGUCCUGUGCUUUUUGAGCAGUCACACAACAAGAGCUGACUCGACCACAGGUCCAAAUCUCUCACCCUCUGAGGUCCUGGACAAGCUCCUGGGUCCAUCAUCUGGCUACAAUCACAGAGUUCGGCCUAAUUUUGGAGGGCCCGCAGUCAACGUCUCCUGUGAAGUCUUCAUCAGGAGUUUUGGGUCCAUUCAAGAGGCCACCUCGGACUAUCGCGUGACAGUCUACCUGCGACAGAGGUGGACUGACCCACGGCUGGCUUACAGCCACUACCCUGUACCCUUACUGCAUCUCGACCAGUCCAACAUCAAGCACAUCUGGAAGCCUGACCUCUUCUUUGACAACGAGAAGAGUGCGCACUUUCACGAAAUCACGACUGACAACAAGAUGCUGAGGAUCGCCAACAAUGGCGUCGUUGACUAUGCCAUGAGGCUCACGCUGACCCUCUCCUGUCCAAUGGACCUGCAUAACUUCCCCAUGGACACACAGAUGUGCUCCAUGUACCUGGAAAGCUUCGGCUACACUACAGCGGACAUCGUCUUCCACUGGAACGGACCUACGCCCGUGUCUCUUUUUCAAGGACUCACGCUUCCACAAUUUGUGCUCAGCAACAAAAUAAGCACUGGCUCCUGCACAACGACUUACAGCACCGGUUCAUUUUCAUGCAUUUUCGCAAAGUUUACUCUGCACCGUGAGAUGGGCUUCUACCUGAUCCAACUCUACGUACCCAGCAUUCUCAUCGUCAUCCUCUCCUGGGUCUCAUUCUGGAUAAACAUGGAGGCAGCCCCAGCCCGUGUGGCGCUGGGGAUCACCACGGUCCUCACCUUGACCACACAGAGCACGGGAGCAAGAGCAUCACUGCCUAAGGUCUCCUACAUCAAAGCGGUGGACAUUUGGAUGGCAACGUGCCUGCUCUUCGUGUUCGCCGCGCUGCUGGAGUACGCCGCAGUGAAUGUAACAUCCAGGCAGAGCCAGGGUUUCAUGAAGAAGGGCAGAAGGAGCCAGAAGCCCAUCGACCAGGAAACCGAAGAAAAGAUGCGGAAAAAGUUUGUUGCCUAUGCUCAAACCAUCGACAAUAUCUCACGACUGUUUUUCCCAAUUUCAUUCCUCAUCUUUAACGUCGUUUAUUGGGUCACCUUCAAAGUGAUGCUCAAACGGGAAGUUUAAGGAUCACGUCCACUCAUUUAGAAAUUUGCAUGUGGGGCCCAUCCAGUGGAAACUAUUACACACUAUCCCUCUACAUGCCAUGCUAAACUGUGAGACCGAGUCAUUCUAAAGUCCAUGACUCACAUUCUGCAAAGUUACAUCCUCUGGUCCAGCAUUUGCAGCAGUUAAUAAAAAAAAGGUUUCAAAAGUCAAAA